UCUUUGCUUCGGGCCAAACCGGCUCAACUGAGACGAUCAGCACCCGGCCUGCGGCCCUCAUCUCUAAAGAUCGCCCUGUCCGAAGACGACUUAUUAUGCCCUCUCCGGUGAUUUCUCAACCCGUCAGCGCCAGUUCGGUCUGGUAUAAAGGGACAAGGUACACAAGGAACUCAUCAAACAUUACAGAAAGCGCAGUCUUGCUGCGGCACGAAAGGCGACAUUCAUGCGUGGACAGUUAGGGAAGAGCCCGGAGACUCCUCUGCGGAAAGAACAACGUCCAGCGCUUCCGAGCUGAGGCGCGAGACCAUCGAAACUUCAAAGGCCUCGAAAGGAAGAAUCAGCCAAGUCCCGGUGCCGCUAAGAAUGAGAGGACCUUAGCCACGGAGUCUCACCUCAGCUACGGACAGAGCCAGACGCGCAGCCGCUGCCCAGCUCCUAACACUUCACGGGCAGCUCUGCCUCAGAACUGCGAUUGCUUCUCUAGCUUGCCCUGGACAAUGUGAUUCGGUCAAAGAGGAAGACUGUGAGACUGACGGGGUCCACGUCAUAGCCACCACCUGACCCUACCCAGCCAGGAGGCAGCCCGGGACUGCUGGUCCAGGACACAGUGUGGAGAUGAUGGGGGCAAUGAGCACCUCAGCCCCCCUUGAGCAAACCUCGAGGCCAGGCGUGGCCACUUCCACCUUCUCUGUCGUGGACUAUGUGGUGUUCGCCCUGGUGCUGCUGCUCUCCCUUGCCAUUGGGCUCUACCACGCCUACCGUGGCUGGGGCGGCCACACCAUUGGCCAGCUGCUGUUGGCAGACCGCAAGAUGGGCUGCUUUCCCGUGGCACUGUCCCUGCUGGCCACCUUCCAGUCCGCUGUGGCUAUCCUGGGGGUCCCAUCGGAAAUCUACACAUUUGGGACCCAGUAUUGGUUUCUGGGCUGCUCCUAUUUCCUGGGGCUGCUGAUCCCUGCCCACAUCUUCAUCCCGGUCUUCUACCGUCUGCAUCUUACCAGUGCCUAUGAGUACCUGGAGCUCCGAUUCAAUAAAGCGGUGCGGAUCUGUGGAACGGUGACCUUCAUCUUUCAGAUGGUGAUCUACAUGGGGGUUGUACUCUACGCACCGUCACUGGCCCUCAAUGCAGUGACUGGCUUUGAUCUGUGGCUCUCAGUGCUGACCCUAGGCAUAGUCUGUGCCUUCUACACUGCUCUGGGUGGGCUGAAGGCCGUCAUCUGGACAGAUGUGUUCCAGACAUUGGUCAUGUUCCUAGGGCAGCUGGCAGUUAUCAUCGUGGGCUCAGCAAAGGUGGGCGGCCUGGGGCAUGUGUGGGAGGUGGCUGCCCAGAAUGGCCGCAUCUCUGGCAUCGAGCUGGAUCCAGACCCUUUUGUGCGGCACACCUUCUGGACGCUGGCCUUUGGGGGCGUGUUCAUGAUGCUCUCCUUGUAUGGGGUGAACCAGGCCCAGGUGCAGCGCUACCUCAGCUCCCGCACGGAGAGGGCGGCCAUGCUCUCCUGCUAUGCCGUGUUCCCCUGCCAGCAGGUGGUCCUGUGCAUGGGCUGCCUCAUUGGCCUGGUCAUGUACGCCUAUUACCAGGAAUAUCCUAAGAGCGCCCAGCAGGCCCAAGCAGCCCCUGAUCAGUUUGUCCUGUACUUUGUGAUGGAUCUCCUGCAGGGCCUGCCAGGCCUGCCCGGGCUCUUUGUUGCCUGCCUCUUCAGUGGCUCGCUCAGCACCAUAUCUUCAGCUUUUAAUUCACUGGCUACAGUGACGAUAGAAGACCUCAUUCGACCCAGGUUCCCUGAGUUAUCUGAAGCCCAGGCCACUCGGCUUUCCAAGAUCCUUGCCUUUUGCUAUGGACUGCUGUGUCUGGGAAUGGCCUAUGUCUCCUCCCAAAUGGGACCUGUGUUGCAGGCGGCAAUCAGCAUCUUUGGCAUGGUCGGGGGACCGCUGCUCGGACUCUUCUGUCUUGGGAUGUUCUUUCCUUGUGCCAACCCCUUGGGAGCCAUAGUGGGCCUGUUGGCGGGACUGAUCAUGGCCUUCUGGAUCGGCAUUGGAAGCAUCGUGACCAGCAUGGGCUCUGGUGUGGCACCCUCUGCACCCAACAGCUCCAGCUUGUCCCCGCCCACGAAUAUGACCACCAUCACCAUGGCUACACUGAUGCCCUUGACCACUGUUUCCAGGCUCACGGGGCUCCAGCGGCUCUACAAGUUGUCCUACCUGUGGUACAGUGCCCACAACUCCACCACCGUCAUUGUGGUGGGCCUCCUUGUCAGUCUGCUCACUGGGGGCAUGCGGGGUCGGACCCUGAACCCUGGAACCAUUUACCCUGUGUGGCCAAAGGUCCUUGCUCUCCUGCCCUUGUCCUGCCAGAAGCGACUGUCCUGCAAAAGCUAUAGCCAGGUAGACUCCCCUGUGGGCGGCCCUGUGUCUCCGGAGAAGAUGGGGAAUGGAAUGCUGUGGGGCAGCAGAGACCAGGAGGCCCUGGCUGUGCCUGAGGCAGGCGCCACCCACCAGGGCAGCAGCCCCACCUUCAUCCUCCAAGAGACCUCACUGUGAUCCAUACUCGGGACCCAAGUCUCCACAGUCAUCAGACAGCCAAGUGGCUACCGAGUCCCCUGACGUGUUCUGAACGGUGGUUAAGGACUAGGAGGACCCAGCCCACACCGAAGGGCCUUGUUGUUAGAGGCUCUCACCUGAGGCAAACCUUGUCCCAUGGUGGGGGGGUGACAGACAGGGUUGUUCCUUUUCCCUCACCAGUCUCUUCUCGCAAGGACCAGGCUUUCAGCAGGAUUAGGCCAGAAAACAGGAUAGACGGUAACCCUCCAAGAGGGCCAUGCCUUCUGAUUCCACAUGGCCCAGCUCCUCUGAAGGGCAGUGAAACAGCAUUUCUGGUUCUAACUGCCCUGGGAUCUCCGCCGGCAAGACCGACCCCCGGUAGUACAACACUGCUAGCCGCCUGCGCCAGCUGUGGCCUCUCUGGCAGUCCCGUCGAAGCACCGAUUCUGCCGUCACACGGGGCUGCUAUCACUACUCUCAGGUUUUCUGGGACACCUUUGUCUGUCUCACCCUUCUCUGCCUACCUCCACUCUCGAGAGGGAAGAGUCUGGUGCCCGUGGGAGGCCUCUGGAAUGGACCCUGGACAGGUAUUCAUCUCCUCCGUUCAAGGAAAGGAGGGAACUAACUCCCCCACAACUACCCUUUCCUGGUGAUGCAAGGCAGCCAGCGCCGGGCCACCCCAUGUCAGCUUGUCACCGGUGCUCCUUUCCUUUUGGAGCUUGUCCCCUCGUAUUUGUUCCUAGGGAAUAAAAACUGCCACCGGGCCAGUCA